AUGGAUUUAUCUGAUUUAUCAAAUAUUGCUAAUCCAGGAUGCUUUGAGACCGAAGAAGCCACCAAGGUUAUUUCUCUAAAGACCAUUACUGGUCAUGGAAAUCCCACCUAUAAAUGCUCUGCUUUUUGUAGUAACAACGACGGUAUUACGGCUAUAGGCAUAUCGAAAACGACAUGCUACUGUUAUACCGAUGUAGAGAAAUACCGCAAGGCAGACGAAGAGUGCGUUUAUAAGACUUUUCCAGAGUACCCCGGUGAACUCUUCGGAGGACCAAACGACGGAAGUGUGGUGGUAUACCAAUAUAACGCACAGGAGCCAUCAUCAAACUAUGGGCGAGUAUCUCUCGUAGAAGUACCUUGGGCUGAAGCUGUAAAACAGUGCGGUACAUCUUCUUUAAAGACAGACAUCAUUGGCCAUUAUACAGGCUUGACGAAUUCUCACAAGAAUCAUGAGUUUUGGACAGGAUUUUACAGACAAAGCUACGAAUAUUGGAGCCCUCCUGGUGACUUGGAGAACGGAGGAAAAGACAAAAACCUCCAUCACUGCUUAGCAGUUAAGGUGAAUGAAGAUGGAACAAUCUACCCCAACACUUAUCCACAAGAUUGCUCAGAAUCAUUGCCUUCCAUUUGUGAAAAGUCAACAAAACGUGACGGUGGUUGGUCGGAGUGGUCUGAUUGGAGCCAGUGCUAUUUUGUAAAUGGUAUGGAUAAAAAAUCUAAAACUCGUACAUGUACCAAUCCUUCUCCACGGCAUGGUGGAAAAGACUGCGAGGGAGAGGACCUUAUAGAACGACCUUGUCUUGAACCAACAAGUGUGAGAGGUUCAUUUCACAAGGCAUAA